GCAGUAUCUCUAGUGUUGGUUUUGUCAAAUAUUUUUUUACAACCAUAAUCUAUUGUUCUAUUUGUUGUCCUCCAAUACAUCCAGUAAAUGGCACAAAAAUCUGCCAGACGGUUUGUGAGAACAUUUUGGAUCAAUAGAGGUAGACAUUGUUCUAACCCCCCUUCUCAAGGGGGUUGUGCUUUGAGUCUUUGGAGGACCGACCCCGAGUGUUCAAUAACACAGCAGGGACAAUAGUCAGCAAAGAGAAUGUGUUGAGAAAAGCCAGAGGAAUUAAGUCACAAAUUAUACGUUAGCCGUCUCACAUUCGUAACAGAAAUCCCACCCGCUGACAUGGAGAGUAGAUAAUACAUCGUUUCUUCUGCGUAAAAUACUUCUCCUCGAGGCAGCAUUUUGAUGCCUGGGUAGAGGAUUGCAUUGGUCCGAAGAGCGUUGGACUUACACUCAUUAUCAAGGGAACAGAAAAGGCCGUUGGAAUAAGUCACUUGCCCACACACAUGAGUGCUGUGUUCCCCUUGCGCUGGGCUGAGCGCCAUGCCUGACCGGGACAGCGCCUACCUCUCAGGCGGUUGCAGCAGCGGUGGGUUGGGUACUAGUGUGGGCGAGGAAGGCGUGCCGGGGGCUGGUUUAGGAGGGGGCGCAGGAGAGGGCCGAGGGGGAUCAGUGGGAGGUGGAGGCAGUGGCUCUGGUUCUGGGGGCAUGGGUGGAGUAGGGGCCCUGGGAAAUGGGAACAACUGUGGGGGAGGUGGAGCAGGGGGCCCGGCGCCGGAUGGGGUCUGCAGGGACUUUCUGAGGAAUGUGUGUAAGAGAGGCAAACGCUGCCGCUUCAAACACCCAGACUUCAAUGAGGUGCCGGACCUCGGGGUGCAGAAGAAUGAGUUUGUCUUCUGCCACGACCACCAGAACAAGGAGUGCGUCCGCUCCAACUGCCGCUUCGUCCACGGCUCCAAGGAGGAUGAGGACUACUAUAAGAAGUCAGGGGAGUUGCCCCUCAGGCUGAGGGGGAAAGUGGCUGCAGGACUGGGCCUGUCCCCGAUGGACCUCCCACACAGCCGAGGGGAGGUCCCCAUCUGCAGGGACUUCCUAAAGGGAGAAUGCCAGCGGGGCAACAAGUGCAAGUUCCGCCACGUCAAGAAGGACUAUGAGUAUGAGCAAGCCAGGGUGGGUGCCGGGGUCGUGAUGGGCCCGGGGUCCAGUGGGAUGGUGAACACAGGCGGGGGGGUAGGAGGUGUUGGGGUGGGUGCUUGUGGGGGCAUGGCCGGACUGGUUGGGGGUGGAGGUGGGGGUAACAUGAUGGGGAUGGGCUGUCCCAGCCUGGGAGGCUGCAGAGAUCCAGGUAUAUCAGGGGUGGGGGGAGUAGGGGUAGGUGGGAUGGGGGGUUGCCUCUCCAUGGCCUCAGGACAGCGUCGUUUUGACAGGGGACCUUGCUCGGUGUACGACUCCCUGUUUGAGAGUGGUCUGUAUGAGACAGGGCCCCUGGAGUCCCCUUUGGACCACACAAUGCUGCAGCUGAAGAGACGCAGGCUGGAGGGGCUCCGGCUGGACGGGAACGGAGGGGGGCACUAUGAGCUGGGGAUGCAGGCGGCCCUCCCGCCUCGGCCCCUGGAGUACAGAUUUCUGGAGGAGGAGAACGCCCUGCUGAGGAGGAGAGUGGAGGAAUUGAAGAAACAGGUGUCUAACCUCAUGGCCACUAACGAGGUGCUGCUGGAACAGAAUGCCCAGUUCCGGAGCCAGACUAAGGUGUCGGUGAUGACCCUGUCCUCCACCCCAGCCCCCUCUGAGCAGACCUUGGCUCCCCCUGUGGGUGCGGUCAGCUCCUACAACCACAGCAUCGCCCAGACCCAUACCACCCUGAGCAGCGCCGGGCUGCAGCCUCGUACCGUCACCCUCACCCAACAGGACCUAGUGGCCCCCACUGGUGCCCCUACAGUACCCCCAUCCAACACCGCCCCACCCAGUGCUCCCCUGCCCCACCUCAACCCCGAGAUCACCCCGCUCUCGGCCGCCCUGGCUCAGACCAUCGUCCAGGGCAUGGUGCCUCCUGUUUCCAUGGCACCUGUGACUGUUUCUGUGGCACCGGUGGCUGUAUCCAUGGCACAGCCUCUACCUUGCAUCACUAUAAGCCACGCCACCACCCCAAUGGUGUCCUACCCUAUUGCUAGCCAGAGCAUGAGGAUCACCACCAUACCUCACUGAUGCACUCUCUGGCAAACUCUGUAGAACUCUCCCAUGGAACUAGAGAUGGGGAUUGUAUGCAGAAUGCAUCUUUCAAGUUUCAAUUGACCCACAGCAGCUGACUGACUCGAGGGGCAAAGUUGUGGGGGAACCCUAAUGCCCACACGCCAUAGGCAAAGAAAAGGCUAACUUUGAUAGGAUGACUCCGCCACACACACCCUGCUCUGUGGCAGCGUUACAAAGUCAGGUGGUCCUCUGAGGUGACCUCCGACCUUGUUAAAGGUUGGUGUGCCAAACGGCCUUCUUCAAACACAGGCAGCAAAAAUAACGACAAACUGAAGAUAUGUCAGUCAUGGCGAUAUUCAGUUUUCUCACACAUUUGACUGAUGUCUUGAUUACCAGGGGAUUGUGACAUUUCAGUUAGCUUCUGUUAUUGUUUGUGGAUUUUUAAUGUGUAAUGUUGAAAUUUUACAUUGCACACAUUUAAUGGAAUAACAACCACAAGAAAAUGCAUCUCCUGUUGUUUUAUUGCUAAUGAAUUAAGUUAUCCCGAGUAAUGUUAUUGUGUGAGGAUAUGGUUGACUGACAGACCAUCAGAUACAUUUUUCAGUGCUUGAUGCAUUGGUAUCUUUACCCUAGAUUUAAUGCUCAAGCCUAAACUCAGCUGAGAGCCUACACACAAACAAACGCAAGUCAAUCAUGAAGGGAAUAGGUAAGCUUGGAAAAGAAACACCUUUAAUAAACAUGUUAUGGAUCAUUUCCAAAUGUACUUGUCAACAUUUUAUGCAGUCAGAUGAAUGUGUGAACCGAUGGCCUCGGGUAGAUACUUAAAAUACUAACAUACUGUAAAAUAAAAUAUAUAUACACCCCAAAUUUUUGCCCUCAGAACAGCCUCAAUUCAUCGUGGCAUGGACUACAUUGUGUCAAGCAUUCCACAGGGAUGUUGGCCCAUGUUGACUCCAAUGCUUCCCACAGUUGUGUCAAGUUGGCUUUGGGUGGUAGACCAUUCUUGAUACACAUGGGUUUCUGUUGAGUGUGAAAAACCUCAGCGGUGUUGCAGUUCUUGACACAAACCGGUGUGCCUGGUACCUACUGAAAGGCACUUACAUAUGUUCUUUCCCAUUCACCCUCUGAAUGGCACACAAACACAAAUGUAUCAAGGAUUAAAAAUCCUGUCUCCUCCCCUUCAUCUACACUGAUUUAAUAAGUGACAUCAAUAAGGGAUCAUAGCUUUCACCUGGGCCGUCUGUCGCGGAAAGAGCAGGCAUUCUUAAUGUUUUGUACACAGUGUAUAUAUAUCACUUGGGGAACAAAGUAUUUUGUAAACAUCAAAGAAAAUGCACCACUACACUUAUGGCAUUAACUAUCUUGGUUAGGAACAACACCAUCUUUGGUAACACCCUUUGUAAACCAAACACCAGCCUAUCUUGUAUGAACAUUCACGUGGCUAUUGUAAACUAUUUAAGAGCUCUUGAUUCUGCAUCAGUACCAGAUACUUUGUCAUUUUUAUUUAUUUUUACCUUUAUUUUACUAGGCAAGAACAAAUUCUUAUUUACAAUGACGGCCUAGGAACAGUGGGUUAAGAACAACAGAUUUGUACCUUGUCAGCUCGGGGGUUUGAACUUGCAACCUUCUGGUUACUAGUCCAAUGCUCUAACCACUAGGCUACCCUGCCACACCAUUGACAGCCUAUAUUGCUCUCAGGCUUUAGCGGAGAUUGGAAAAGAACGCGCACUCUGCAAAUUUAAAAUAAACAAGCGCAUGGA